CCAAUAUACCAAUGCCAAAUUUAAAGUCCGAAAAAAAAGGGGAAACUAGGAAGCAAGGAGUUUGUUUUGUAAUGGAAAGAUGUUUUGUAUAAUAAAAGUAACUGAUUGAAUUGAGAAUAUAUUCUGAACAUAUUCAAAUCAUUCAAGAUGAGUAGCGGAAGCCACCAGUACCUACAAAAUGAAAAUCAGAAGUCUCUCACACCACUGACAAAGUCCGUAGAUAUAGAACACCUAGCACAGUUCUCCGAACACAUGUCUGCGUUAUGUUUGAAUUCGGAUCACUCUGAUGUUACGCUCAUCGUCGAAGGAGAAAAACUCAGUGCUCACAAGGUGAUCUUGGCUGCUCGUAGCGAGUACUUCAGAGCAUUGCUCUAUGGAGGUUUGAAGGAAUCCAACCAAGCUGAGAUUGUACUCCCUGAUGCCCCCUUGAAAGCCUUCAAAAUCUUGUUGAAGUACAUCUACACAGGUCAUAUGUACUUCACAGCGUUAAGCGAUGAAGUUAUAUUGGAUACUCUAGGUUUGGCCCAUCAGUAUGGAUUUCAAGAUUUGGAAACAGCGAUUUCAGAUCUCUUGCGGCAGAUGCUGGCUCUGAAAAAUGUUUGUGCGAUUCUCGAUACUGGUCACUUCUAUGGUUUGGAAAAACUCGUUAAAGUAUGUCAUGGAUUCAUGGAUAGGCAUGCUCCAGAGAUAAUGGCCCAUGAAUCAUUCUUGCAACUAUCACAGUCUUCACUGGUCGAACUUCUAAAAAGAGGGUCUUUCUUCGCUCCUGAAGUUGAAAUAUUCCGAGGCGUCUGCAAUUGGUGUAAAGUAAACGAAGACACAGAUGGUUUAGUGGUAAAGUGUGUCAGAUUGCCUCUUAUGACAGUGGCUGAUCUACUUUCAGUGGUAAGGCCUGCUGGUCUAGUUAAACCAGACGCAGUUUUAGAUGCCAUAGAGGUUAGGACUAAUACCCGGUCUACUAAUUUGCCUCAUCGUGGAUUACUAAUUAUGGAUGAAAAUGUGGCUUGUCCAAGAUUAGGUGCAAAGGUAAUGACGGGGGAGCUUUUAGAAUACUUACUUGACGGAGAUUAUUACACCUACGACAUGGAAAAAGGUUACACUAGACAUCCAAUUAGUGGACCAGGUGAUCAUGGCAUACUAAUUAAAUUGGGAGCACCAUCAAUCAUCAACCAUAUCAGGCUGCUGCUGUGGGACAGAGAUAUCAGGUCGUAUUCUUAUUACAUCGAAGUUUCUAUCGAACAAAAAGACUGGGUCCGUGUAAUAGACUAUACUCAAUACAGCUGCAGGUCUUGGCAGCAUUUAUACUUUGAAAACAGGGUUGUACAGUACAUUAGGGUAGUUGGAACGCACAAUACUGUGAAUAAGGUAUUUCAUUUGGUGUCUUUCGAGGCCAUGUGCAUAAAUCAAAUACCGAAGAUGGUCAAUGAUAUCGUCUGCCCGGAUUUCAAUGUGGCAACGUUAGAUAGAAGUGCAGUAGUUAUAGAAGGAGUGAGUCGAGCCCGUAAUGCUUUAUUGAAUGGUGAUACGAAGCGUUAUGACUGGGACUCUGGAUACACUUGUCAUCAGUUGGGAUCCGGAGCUAUUCUCAUCCAGCUAGGUCAGCCUUAUAUCAUAUCAAGCUUGAGAUUACUUCUGUGGGAUUGUGAUGAUAGGAGUUACAGUUACUACAUAGAAUCGUCCGUGAACGUGUGGGAAUGGGAAAUGAUCGUAGACAAUACAAGAGAAAACCGCAAAUCCUGGCAACAUAUCACUUUCCCACCGAGGCCUGUGGUUUUCAUCCGAAUCGUUGGAACCCAUAACACUGCCAAUGAGGUUUUCCAUUGUGUACAUUUCGAAUGCCCCUCCUGCGAGGAACUUGAACCUUCUAAGCAGAAGUCUGGUAAGCGGUCCAAGAGGGAGUUGCCCAGCGCCACUCCGGAAGAAGAUAGUUCAGCACAACCCACAGAAACCGCCACUGAAGCUGAAGAAAUACCUCAGGGUGAUUCAGCCGACGACACCUUAGAGUAGCUUCAUCUAUAUCUGGAUGAACGGAUCAAAAGACAUAAUGAGCCUUUGGUGAGCUUCCAUUAUACCAUUCUCAGAAGCUGUUACUACAAUAAAAUUGAAAGUUUUGAUGCAGGGGAGUUUGGUUAUGGCAAAUUCUCAGAAGAAAUUACUGUCGUUACUUCCAAAAUCUUCUUUCUACCAAAGUGAGGUUCUCUAAAUCCUACAAUAACAAUUGAUAACCAAAUACCUGUUAAAAUCAUUUGUUUUUCGUCAAGAUCUUCCUUGUUCAUUGAAAGAACUGAAGAAAAGUAAAUUUUCCUCGACCACCUGUUUGGUAAUAGUGAUUGAUCUCAAAUUAUCAGCCGAAGCAAGGCUCUUCACUAAGGCUACGGCAUAUCAAGAAAUAUGGUCACCGUGAAAAACCUUGCAUAACUGUUAGGAAUAGGUAAUUAGUGUCGUGGUAUUAGAAAGAGGAUUUGCUGAUUCGUUUGGAGUUAUUUUUACAUCUUGCCUCUUUGGAAAAUGUACAGAAUGUGUGUAAGAGGUACCAAAACGAAUUUUUGUAAGUUAUUUCACAAUCUGCAAGAUAUUUAUUCUUGUAGGAUGUUUUUUCACUCCUCACAAAAUAUAGACUAAAGAAUUGAACCCUUCAGAAAUUUAUGUUUUAAUUCAAAGUACGUUGCUUUAUGUUAUCAAGAGAAACUGUUUCUGUCAAGACAACUGAACAAUUAUUUGGAAGAUAAAAUUCAAUGUCUGUUAGCUCCACUAAACAGGAAAGUAGGUGUUUAGUUUGAAUUGCUCAAAUAUUACUAUACCUCAUUGACAACAAAGUUUUGCUUUGAAGAAAAAGUUGUUUCUCUCCAAUAUAUUUUUCCCAUGACGAAGUUCUGAGAGCUCAUUUUUAUCUUUGUAGGAACGAGUCCUCAUAUCCGAGUAUCUAAAUUGAAAGUUGGACACUUUCUAUCCACAAAGUAAUCUAUCCAGUGCCGAGCACGUUUGAAAAAAUAAUAAUCAAUGCACAACAGUACUUCUGUUUUUUACCUGUUUAUAAUUUUACAACAGACAAGGUGCUUCAGAACUGGAAAACCUGCCGGUUGGUCUGAUUUUCACUAGGUGUUAGGUACUACAUCUGACACAUCUGCAUUGGUCUUUUCGAAUUCUAUUUAUUUCACAUCUAAUUGCUAAUUUUCAUAUGCUGCAGGAUUCAUUGAUCUGAUUUCAUAUUCUGGUCGUACAUUUAAUAAGAAACAUUAUUCACCACAGAUAAAUCCUUCAGGCGCAUCUAUUUUUGGUAUAUUUAGUGAAUGAUAUUUUGAUAUUGCUGGAAAAUUUUAUUUUUUAUGAAGCAGUGUACUAAAUUUAUUGAGAAAUUAUUAUAUAAACUCAGCACAUAGGACUUUCAUGAGAGUUGAUAUUAGUUUUUACUUUUAUAUGAGUCCGGUUUGAGGUCUAAAUUUUGAGACAAUUUUCUGAUUACUUCCAGUCCAAAAUAAAGAAAUGAUUUUUGAGGUAAACAAGGCUGUAUCCGUGACGGUAAUAUCUUCCUACUUUGUGAUACAGAUGUCUAAAAAAGAUGUGGAUUUUCGGAAUAUAAUUUUUUCCCCUGUGACAGAAUCAGAAUAUGCAAAUGUCUUGAGAAUCUGCUGUAUACACAUACAGCAAGUUGAUCACUGUUGAAGGGUUUUGUGAGUGGAAUAAGGGCAUUUUCCAUUAAACUUUUCGAAAGCCUUAAUCAAAAACCCCUGUACAUACAAUUUUUUUUACCAUAGACUAACGAUUUCUGAAAUGAGUUUACUGGAAGCUUCUUCUCGGUGAUACUGAACUCAAUAUCUGUAUGAAUAUAAACAAAUUUUUAUCGUGUUAUGUUAAACGCUUAUAUGAAACAAAUCGAAUACCUAUUGGCAGAAAUAGACAUAAAAGUGACUCAGUUCUGAGUUGAAACGACACCAUAGUGAGGUAAAGUCAGUGUUUAGGUUUACAUUUAUAGCAAUUUUAUUAUGAAUAGACUUGGUUUAUUUCGUUUCAAGGCAGUUUUUAUUAUUUUGAAAUAUUGUAUGGGUCUGAGUUGACAAAAAAGGGAAAAACACUAGAAACACAUUAGCUUCUUUGAUCUUUGAUGAAGAAAUUUACCUUAAAAAAUUACCUCAUCAAAUUGAGUACUAGAACAAAAAGAGGCAGAGUUUGAAUAUAUUCAAAAAACUGAUACAAUGAUAUUGUUGAUAUUUAAAAUAGUUUAUGUACCUAUGACUUUAGAGCUGUUGACUUUAUUUUAUGUGAAGUGUAGCUUAGAUAAUAAAAUAUUUAUUUGUUUAUUUA